GAGUGAUCUUUUUUUUGGCUAUAUGUGUUAUAUUUUGGCAUAUAGAAUGUCAACCAGAUCGGACGUUUCCAUGUGGAAUACAUAAGAAACAAAUUCUUGGGUUGAUUCGCGGUGCUAAAACUGCUGAUCCCCUAGAACAUCCAUGGCAUUCGGCCGUUUUUCAUUGGAUCGAGCAAGAUUGGGAGUACCAAUGUGGCGGCACUCUUAUCAAUAACAAGUUUGUACUCACAGCACGUCAUUGCACCUUGAUAAGUGGAGUGGAGCGCCAUGUUCCAAUCAACGAGAUUAUAGUGAAACUUGGUUUGCAGGAAAUUUACGGUGAUCACGAAAAUUCGCAAACGCACGGGGUUUCUGCGAUCCAUACAGUUGGCAAAAAGCAUUCUGUUGACUUUCGUAAUGACAUUGCUCUGAUUCAGUUGAAUAGGACGGUUCAGUUUUCGGUGUACAUUGUUCCUGCAUGCUUAGCACAACAGAAUGUUAUCUUGAACGAAACUGGAACAGUUGUUGGUUUUGGCUUGACUAACAACAAUAAUCUUUCGACUACGCUCAGAUUGCUUCAUGUCCCGGUCUUAGAUUCAUUGUCAUGUGUAAAAAAGCACACUGAGUUUGCUUACGUCAUGGAUGCUAAACAAUUCUGUGCUGGUCACUCAGACGGAAGAACCGUCUGCAACGGAGACAGUGGCGGGGGACUUUUAUUCCAUCGGAAUGGAACUAUGCAACUAGGAGGGAUCGUAUCAUUCUCUGCUACCCAAGGAACGGCUGUUACUCGUUGCAAGGAGAAUGGAUAUGCAGUUUAUACAAAUGUUUUCAAAUAUUUACCAUGGAUUGAGCAAAUAACAACAGAUAUCCUGAUGGAACAAUUUCGCCAUCAACAUUGCGGAAUGUCAGAUUCAAAUUCCACCAUGGCUGUAACAGUUUAUCACUACUCAGAUAUUGGUUUUGAAAUACAUUGGUAUAAAUUUUGUAUAGGAGCAGUUAUAAGCCAGCGUUAUGUUCUAGUCAACGGGUGUUUGUUUCAAGAAAAUGAUAUAGUUCGAGUUGUUCUGAGUAAUGUAGACGCGAUUUCCGAGGAGGAAUUUUCCAAUGUAUAUUAUGAAGACGUCGAGUCAUUAAUCAUCUACCAAUCUUCCGAAGUAAAAUUAGCUCUCCUUCGUUUGGUAAACAAUAUAAUAUUUGGAGAUCAAGUGCAACCGAUUUGUUUACCUACGUUAGAGGAACUACAAUCGUACGAUUGGGUAACUUUAUCCAUUUUAAAUUUUGACAAUUCACCCAUACUCCGUGAUAAACCAGUAACAAGGCAACAUUUGUCUAAAUGUAAACAUCAGUGUCUUGAGUAUGAAAAAUUCAUCAGGAUUAAUAAUGCCAAUUUGCUAUGUUUACAAAACAUGGGGAAUAAUAACAAAACAACGAUAAUAGGAUUUUACUCUCCUAGAAAUGGCACUAAAAACUUUAUUUUACUUGAAGCUUCACGGUAUUAUUGUAACAAUGGUUACGGGUUAUUAUUGAAAUUAAACUAUAAAGAUCAUAUCCAAUGGAUCUAUGAUAACAUGUAUCCUUAACACAAUCACAUUUUCAGUUCAAAAAAUUUCUAACAAAUUUCCUCACACAUGUUGUAGUGCGACUACCAAAAAGUUAUUCAAUAAAGUUGAUGCCUUUUUUCAAUAGCAGUACACUAAAAUCCCCGAUUACGCUUAGGCGUUACGCUUUGUAUUUCGUCGAUUUCUCUGAAACGACGCAACAUUUUUGCAAUCUUUUUAAAGCAAUUUAUACGUCUUGUGCAGAUCUACAAAUUGAUUUCAAAAGAAUGUAGAAACAUUACACUGUUUUCGAGAAAUCAACCUAACAAAAAGCGUAACGCCUGAGCGUAAUCGGGGGUUUUAGUGUACGAACUAAGGUGGCUUUACAUGAUCGAUUUUCCAGAUAAAUAUUUAGUUAACGUCUCACCACAAUUUGAACGAUGUGAUAAGUCCUUUUUUGAAUAUUUUAUUUGAUUUUACUUGUAAUAGUUACAGCGUGCCACAUUUAUAAGGAUGUUUGUAAGAGUGACUACAAAACGCCAUUAAAAUGAAAAAAAUAAAGAUUUCCCCAUACUUUUUUUGAGAAAAGUUCAAGAUAAUAUUCUUUGCUUUAAAGCUUGGUUUUGAAUAUAUUUGAAAAUAAAAACAAAAUAAAAAAGAAAUUCGAAAAUGUCUUUUCUUUACAAAUUCUUGUUUCAGUUUUAAUGCAAUGAAUUGUUGCCACCCUCAUAUAAAAGAAGUUUCGAUCUGAUCGUGCUA